CUUGGCGAUGUCAGGAACUACAACAGUAACAGGGAGCUGGGGGAUUGGUGAGUUGCAGGUUCGUUUGCUGUAGUUUUGUUUAAUUAAGGUUAGUUGGUUAAUAUCGCAGUGCGAAUCCGCGGAGAACAGCAGGAUCAUAAGGACACCAAUGGCGGAAAAGGGAGAAGACGAUCAGACGGUGAAAUAUUAUCGCCUGUCCGAAGUGGAGGAGCGCAACUCUUUCAAAAGUACAUGGAUUAUCAUCAAUCACAAAGUGUACGAUGUUACCAAGUUUCUAGAAGAGCACCCAGGUGGAGAGGAGGUGCUGCGGGAGCAGGCCGGAGGAGACGCCACAGAGAGCUUUGAGGAUGUGGGACACUCGACAGAUGCCAGAGAGAUGGCCAAGUCCCUGCUAAUAGGAGAGCUCCAUCCAGAUGACCGACAUAAGAUUGCCAAACCACCGGAGUCACUUGUAACAACAGUCCACGAAACCACAAGCUGGUGGUCCAACUGGUUGAUACCUGCCCUCGCUGCAGCGAUCGUCACAUUGAUGUACCGUAUAUACACAGCGGAGGAGGAGGCGUAACGGACCCCCGGCUUUCUCUUCAGUGGACUGUUGGCAAUCGGAACCCACCAGUUUAUCCCACUUCUACUACAUACAUGCUGAACAAUGACACCAAUAAUACAUUUCAGGGUUUCUUUAUUUUUUUUUUAUUUUUUUUUUUUUUAGCUAUGAUUUAAUGAAGGCUUUUUUUGUAACUGUUAUUAUGUAUGUCUCCCAUUUAUCCCACAGAAUUGGAACAUUGGUAUUAAUAUUAAGAGAAAAAUGUAUUGGAUGUACUCGAAACAUUAUAAAGGUAUAGUACUUAUGUAUGUCAGUAUGUGGAUAUACUCGUGUAACAAAAAAUAGAAAUGUAGAAGGGGUUAAAUUUGGCAUUAUAUGUGGAAAUAUCACUUUAAUGUAGAAGCGUAUGAAGAAAGCUGAUCAUAGAAGCUGAUUUUAGAAAAGUAUUUUGGUCAGGGUAACGAUUAUUAAUUAUAUUUUCUGACCGUUUCAUACAAUUUUUGUCUAAAUGCAAAAAUAGACAAUUUGAUGUAAAAACUCAUUAUUUAAUUUUUUUAUGUAGUGCAGUGUACAAGAAAUACGUUUUCAUCCAUUUUUUUUUUAUUUUCGUUUUUCAUCUCUGCCUCUUGCAAUCGAAAUUUCAGGAAAAAUGAAAAAAUUAAUCUUUUCUUUUAUAUUUUCUGAUUUUUCAAUUUUUGCAUUUUGCUAGUUGGAUUAUACCAUCAGAUCUGUUUUACUAGAUACAAAAAUGGACAAAUCUGUAAAUCGAGAGAAGAUUCAACUUUUAAUUCUUCUUAAAAGGCCAAGGCCGUUUGUGAAAGGCCAAAACGAAAAACUAGAUAAUUGGAAAAAUUGGAUAAAAACACAUUUUUUUCUUCAACUAUAAUAAAUGGUAAAAAUAUGUAAUAAUUAAGUUUUAUACACAAUUUUCUAUUUUGGAAUUUAGCUUGAUACGGUCAAAAAAUGUAACUGCUAAAUGUUACACUGACCUAUUUUGGACCGUAAAACCUCACAUGGUCAUUUAAACAAGAACAUUCAGUGCUUAUACAACGGUUCUCUCAGAGCUAUUAUUUUUCUUUUAUAAACUUUAAGAAAUAAUAAUUUGUUAGGACAUAGGGCUACACCACAUAUCGUUUGUUAACCAUAAUACACAAUUAACUUUAUAAUUAUAUUGCACCCUGAAUAUGCAAACAAGCCUGUGUUUCCUUUGUGUGCUGUGAGCAUUCUGACAAACCACAGAUCACAGUAGUAAAAUAAUGCAGGCCUAUAAUUAAUGAUUCACCAGUACAUUAAAGUAGUAGUUAUACUGUAAGGUGUAUCAUAGUCAUAGUAUGUGACAUUUCAUAGUAAUCAUAUUAAUUAAACAGCUUUGUUUAUGCAGCCCUAAUAUGAAUCACAAUACACUAUUAAAUCUUACAAUUUCAUCAGAAUUAUGCAAUUUUCUAAUGGCUUAGCCCACAAUACCAAUCUUUUGGAUGCUGCUACAGUCAUAUUAGACAGUUUCACCACUGAUGCUGCUAAACUGUACAAAGAGUUAAGCUGCAAAAUGUCUCUAUUUGAUGUGGCAUCAUCGUAUAAAAGUUUCAUCACCCUCUGACAAGAAAAAAAUUAAAAAAAAAUAAUAAUUUAGCAAAAUUAGUAUUUUGUACACAUUAUUUGUAAAAUUUAGUAAAUAAACAGAAAUUCUACUGUUAAACGGUGCAGAUAAAUACUUAAUUAUGAUUUGCUCACUUAUUUCCACUUGCAAAAUGUAAAACUGAAAUAAAAAGGGCAGUUAAAAUGACUCAGUGCACUACUACAGUCACAGAGGGCAUGAUAGCGUUAAGCCAAGUUCAAUCUGUGAUCAGAAAUUAAUGCAGAGUUUAAGGUGUCCAGGAGAACCACUAGUGUAGCCUACACUAUAUGUAUAUAUAUAUGGUGCUGAUACAUUCCAUUUUAUAUCACUGAAUGUACGUAGUGUAUUACGCUUUCACAUCCUCGAAUGUGCUGGUAAGAGAGGAACACACACGCGCACACGCACAAGUAAUUAAUUGUAUUUAAAUGUAACAGAAAGAAACGUCCAUUUAUACUAGAGAUAAAUAAAUAAAGACCACACUUACCCACACUGUUGUGAUAUUGAAGCCUUUAUCUCAUGGUUUAAAGCAGGUGUGCCCAGUCCAGGUCCUGGUGAUUUACUGCACGACUCUUUGGAUUGUAGUAAUUGUUGUUAUAUUAAUCUAACACACCUGUUUCAGGUGGUAAAGGCUGUCAGGGGAAUCUGAAAUGAUCCAGGGUGGUAGAUUUUCAGCACCAAGUUUGUGCUGCUAGCUUAAAUAAAUAUGGCUAAAGGCUGGUACACGUGUUCAGCAUGAAGGUUUCCCAGCUUAAAAACGUCUAGUUUAGAAGUGUGUGAGCAGGGAAUUCCACAAAGUGAGCUUGGACUGAUUUUGGACAGUAUAUUAAUAUAAUAACUGGAAUAAAAUAACUGUAAUAAACACAGCAGAGUUGGGGGACAAUGAGUUCAUUCAUGUCCAUUUUUGUUCAUUGUACGUCUUUUUUUUGUUUGUUUGUUUAAUCAUAUUAUUAAUAAAUAAACACAAUCUGAUUAUA